AUGAGAGAGAGAUAUAAUAUGAAUAAUAACCAGAAUAUACUAAGGAAUACAAUAAAAAGGAAUAUUACUACAGUAAUACUGUUAAUUAUGUAUACAUACACUGUAUACGGAUGGACAACAUUAUUAAAUAUAGAAAGAGUACAAAAAAUGAAGAUAAAAAGUAACUUAAUUAUACACCCGCACGGAGGACUUGCACCAAUGAGGGGUAAAAUAUUGCGUAACUCUGAGUACAUGAGGAAUUAUAGGACGUACAACCACGGAAUGUGGAUAGAUUGGAGUAUGAAAAAAUGCAGUGAGUCAGAGUAUAAGUACAGCAUACACCCAAAGAGUUCAAAACCAUACGAUAAAGUAGAUGAAGAUAUAAAGAAGAAUGAGUACUUAAAAGAACUUACACGGCAAAUGAUUAACAUGUUCCCAUCAAAGAAUGAAUAUUUCUCUAUUAAUUCUAAUAACCCGAAUUCAUUCACUCGGUUUUUAAUGGAGUACAAAGAGAAAUUAGAUGAUUUAUACGUACUAGCUUCAUUAUUCCUUAUGGCGGAAGGAGUAAAUAUUCCUAUUGAAAUAAUAGAAGAUUCAAAGAACACUGCGCAUAAAAUACUUAUUAUAAAGAAGAAUGAAAGUCAAAUAAAAGCGGAGAGUAGUGGAGUAUAUGUUCAUUUGAGUAUGAUAAAGAAGAGAAGACUCCGUGGUGAGCGGGAUAAGAAAUUAGUAUACCAGAAGAAAACAGAAAGUGUGAUUAAUUUCUUUAAGAGGCUUAUUAGUACAGACGCAUCUCGGCUAGACGUACCUGAAGAAUUCUCAAUGCCAAGUACGUAUGAAGAAUUCUUAACGGGUGGAUUUUUAAACAGUCCAAGGUUUCUUAUUCAGUCGUAUAUAUUUGAGUAUAUAGACAGUGUGGAAAUGUAUGCGAAUUUUAUAACGGCAGUGUAUAACUUAAUUAAUGAACAACUGCCGAAUGGGCAUAAUGCGGAUGUAUACACUGAGAAUGAGAAGAAAGCCGUGGAAGUAUUUAAUAAUUUAUUCAUUGAUGAAGAAUUAUGUGAAAAGGAGAAGUAUAUGCAGUAUAUUGAGGAUUUAAACAGUAUUGAUAAAUUAUGGGGAGAGCAAGAAUGGGGAUAUCCAUUUAUAAAUGAUAUUAAUGGGGCUGCUUCUUCUAGGAAUAUAGGUGCGCCUGUAUAUAAUAGAAUUAAGGAUAAAUUUAUUUCAGGUUCAGAGGGUAAUUAUAAUAGUUAUAUUGAAUGUGCACUGCUUGGUAUAUUCAUGUGUGCUGCUUUUAAUGCAGAAACAUGCACGUAUGAUAUAAGUCAUCUGCCUAUGCCAUCAAAGGAGUUAAAGGAAUUCUUUACUAAAUACAGCAGUCCACAUAUUCCCGUAACACAGGUUGUUAUAAAAGACUGGUGCAGAGUCGUAGCAGACUUACCAUGCCAGUACGUUGAGUAUGAUUUAAAGAACAACAAUAAAAUCCAACCAGGCCUACUUAAUAUACUACAUGUUAUACGGGCUAUAGCAGGAGAAGAUGAAAGACUAGAAUGGGCAAUUCAAGUUUUAAGUAGGGGAAUCCACCGCAUAUGCAAGUCAAACGCAAAUAAAAAGAAGACUGUAGAAAACCCCUAA